AAGGUGUAGUGCCCUGAGGUCUCUCUCUCUCUCUCUCUUCAUACUGUCUAAAGCUUCAUCCGUCCGUCUGUUCCACUGACUGCCACACCAUUUUGAGCCUGACGAGCCAUUAACCCAAACCCCUUUUCUUCUUUUCCUUUUCAUAAACUCCAUCCCUUGUUCAAAACCCCAAACAAGCAGAAGAAGAAAAACCCCUCUCUAUCGCUCUCACUCCUGCUCUGGCUCUCCCGACGAUGGAAGCAUUCAGCUUACUCAAGUACUGGAGAGGAGGAGCUGGUGCUAACGUGCGCACCUCCAACACCACGACCAUCGCCACGGCCGUGCGACGGGCGCCGUCCGAAACAGAUGAUUAUGAAGAUGAAGGACCAUUUUUUGACAUGGAGUUUACGGUGCCGGUGGAAGAGGAUGAGAGGGAGGAAGACGGAUAUGAAGAAGAAGAGGGAUCGGACGAGAUGGAAGGAGAGGGAGGGUUGGAUUUCAGGGUCUCGUCUGGCAAGACCCUUCCUCUCUCUCCAUCGGACCAUCUAUUCUUCAAGGGGAGGGUCGUGUCGAUCGAGCCAUCGUCGGUCGUCUUCGACCCUUCCAAGAGGCAAUUCCCCAUCUCUUUCCUGAGAUCCGCUACCAAGUUCCGCGUUUUCUUGUUAGGGUUUAAGAAGCCAAAACCCUCGCCUGAAACGAACUCUUCAGCUCAGAAGCAGCAGAGCAGCAGAUUCUUUACCGUGAAAAUGAAUCAGCAGCAUCUGGACGACGCCGCUUCUGAAGACGGAAUAUCUGCCCCUGAAAUGAAGAAGCUUGCAAAGGAUGUGAUGCACAAGUAUCUGAAGAUGAUCAAGCCUCUCUACGUUAGGGUUUCUAGAAGGCAGGGACAGAAGCCGAGAUUUUCUGGACAGCUAAAUUCAUUGGGGUUAGGGUUUGGAAGGACAAGGAGCAGCCCUGCUGGAGGAGCUACUGCCUCCUCCAAAGGGGAAGCCAUUGCUCCGUCCCUUUCAAAUUCGAAUUCUCAACAGAAGCAGGGGAGUUUGCUUGUAGCCUGCAGGCAUUUGGGCAAAAGUCGUUCCGCGUCCUCCGCGGCCGUGGCAGCCGCACCACCUCUGCAACACCCGCACUUGCAAUCACAGAGACGAGACGAUUCGCUCUUACAGCAGCAGGAUGGGAUCCAAAGUGCCAUUGCUCACUGCAAAAGGUCCUUCACUGCUCCCAAAGAAUCGGAGGUAGUUACUGUGUGCUGAGAGAGAGAGAGGCUUGCAUUUGAAUCCCUUCAAAUUUUGAGAGAGGAAGAAGCUCAGCUCUUUUUGGGUGUGUGUAAAGAUGGUUACUAGAACCAGAAAAUCAGAAUACAUCAUGUCGCUAAUCUUAUGUAAAGAUCAUUUCCAACAUAGACAUAAGUGUGUUUUUGCUAGCUA